CUUUCUCAGAAAAUUCCUCUCCAUGAGAAAAAUUAUCUUCUUCAAAGAAUUUCCAUGAAUCCCAGCUUAAUCUUUUUCGGCUAGGGUUUCAUCUGUCUUAUAAAUUUUACCUUCACUUACUUUUUUUGCUUUAACAGCCUUUUUUUUAACUUUUGGAAAAGUAGCUUGAUCGGUAAUGGCUGUGCUUCCGGUGAAGGCUUUGCCGGUCGGAUACAGAUUCCGGCCGACGGACGAGGAGCUGAUAGACCAUUAUUUGAGGAACAAAAUCAAUAGGCGUGAUAAGGAAGUCAGUGUGAUUCGUGAAAUUGAUAUUUGCAAGCAGGAGCCCUGGGAUUUACCUCAUUUGUCCGUGGUAGAGUCUCACGACAAUGAGUGGUUCUUCUUCUGCCCAAAGGAUAGGAAGUAUCAAAACGGUCAGAGAUUGAAUAGAGCAACAGAAAAGGGUUACUGGAAAGCCACUGGUAAAGAUAGAACCAUAAAAUCCCGAAAGGGUAAAAUCGGAAUGAAGAAGACUUUGGUUUUCUACAUUGGUCGUGCGCCCGAUGGCAAGAGGACACCCUGGGUGAUACACGAGUAUCGUGCGACUGAUAAGUCACUUGAUGGCACACAUCCUGGUCAGGGUUCAUAUGUGCUCUGCCGCCUGUUCAAAAAGCCUGAUCUGAAAAAAGAUGAAGACGGUGAACAUUCAAACAUGAAUGAAGUUGAUGAGAUUCCCGUGUCUCCUAGUGAAUUUAAAUUCUCAGCUGAAGACGAACAAUCAGAGUCAGUUACUCAUAUCUUCAGUGGUUCCACCGGAAUGCAACUUUCCAGUGUCGAAAGCCGCACUACUUUUGAUUCCAAGAAAGAUGUUGUCGUGACGCCUUUGCCUAUUGACUUGCAUGUGAAUAGCUGUGUUGCUGAUGAGAUGGAGAACAAUGUGUUGGACACAACGUCAAUUCAGUCUAAUGCAGAUCUGGAAAAAAUGUUGGCGGACUUUUGUCACCCCAUGCAGCAAACAAUAUUCUCUCCUCUGUACUCACAGAUGCAAUCGGAGCUUGGAAAUCCAUACGUGUACGAUGGCUUUACUGGUGACAUUAACCAUAGCCAGCAAAAUAUCCCUUUCCAAUAUGGAUCUAAUGCCACUGCUGACAUUACUGAGUUCUUGAACUCGGUGCUUAUUGAACCCGAGGGUCAGGGUUUUGAGGAAAGCUUCUCAAUGUUUCCCCUUGAGAGUACUAAGCUCCAAUUGGCAAAAGACAGUAACUCAAGCUGUGAAUCAGAGGGUGAGGUGUGGCAAGAUCAGUUUGAUGCACGAUGUCUAAUGAACCAUGAGGUGAUUGAGGAAAACAGCAACCAAGAGUCAUCUCCUUUUCAGAGUGAAGUUACUUUCGAUACCGAUAGCUAUGACCAUGGGAACUUGGGUACUGCUGCCAAUCAUAUCCCUAAUAAUUUGCCAAAUAUUGAAAAAACUGGUGAUUACAGCCCUGCUAUUGGGGACCGUGGUUCUGGCACUGGAAUUGUUAUUAUGGCUCGCCAGAAUAUUAAUCAACCUACUGCCCAGAACUUGGCUGACCAAGGAACUGCACCUAGAAGAAUUCGCCUGCAGAAGAAGUUUCAAGUGGGGCCCGUGCAGUGCAGCCUUCCUAAAGAGUCGACUGAUGGUGAAAUUAUAACCCGUGAACCCGAUCCUACUGAGGACAAGAGAGUAGCUGAGGUACAUAAUCCAGACGAAUUGAAGAAAUCAAGCUCUGAAGAGGAGAUUAAAGUCGAACAACCUCAUGAUUCAGCCACACGUGACAGUGCACGAGAUGAUCAACAUGACAAUGUUGAUGCUCCUUUGGCCAGCUCGAAACGCUUAUCAACAUCUUUAGUGUCAGCUUCUUUGUACAUGCCUAAAGUAUUUGUGGCCAUUAGUCUUGUAACCAUAAGAAACCCAGAACUCAGUUUUCAAGAAUUCAACACCAGCGCCCUUGUUGGCCAUCAGCUAGAUAAGCUCGGGAUUUUGCGAGCAUCCAUUUGCCAGAGAACGGGUUUGGUUGCUCGAUUCGGAUCGGUAUUACCGCUCGCUGUUGCUCCGCUUGCUGAUAUGGACAUUCUCCCCUUGCAGGAAAUUGCAAGGCUUUUAUUUCAAUCUGUUGCAUCUUUCAUGAUACGAAAACUCGAGGCUAUUUUUGGCUGGCACGUCGGUUUUCAAGAACCCACCGAAAGCUCGUUUCUUGAGAAGUUGAUCCCCUCAGUAGACUCAAUGACUGCGAACGAUGAGAAGUUGCACAGGCACGUGUGGACAGCUGGCAGCCUCCUAUUGGACCAAGGGAACAUGAGUGACCUGCAAAGGAUAUUCUUGGGGAUUAUGUUCAGUAUUUGGAUUAGAAACGAGAAAAUCUGGGCCGUCCAUCCUCACCACUCGCCGUACUUUUUUCCUUGA